GCGAUGACGAGGAGGACAAUGAGAAAGUCCUGCAAGCAGAUAGUGGGCUGAAGAGUCCGGAGGAUAAGAUAAAAGAGGCAGCUGACAUUGGAUAUGAGGUGAUCGGGCCACUUAAGAAAUCUGACCGAGUUUUCAAACCUUAUGAGCCAGUUUUUGCUGUUGUUCAGAUUGGAUCGCACCAAUUCAAAGUUAGCAACGAGGAUAACAUUUUUGUGGAAAGAUUGAAGUACUGUGACGUCAAUGACAAGUUAAUAUUGAGCAAGGUUAUGAUGUUGGGCUCCAAGACACAGACAAUUAUUGGGCGGCCUAUAUUACCUGAUGCAACUGUUCAUGCUGUUGUGGAGGAGCAUGCAUUGGACGCGAAAGUGAUCAUAUUUAAGAAAAAAGACGAAAGAAUUAUCGAAGAACGCGGGG